ACCACCAACAAGACAUUUCGCGCAAUCGAUACUAAGACCAAUCGACCUAUUUUCAGCAGCCUAAAAGAAAAAAGGCAGUAUUAUUCGACAAUUAAUAUAGAAAAACACCUGCUUCUUUGGCCAAAGGAAAAUAACUGAAUACAAAGCAAAGCGGGAGGGAACCAGACAAUUACAGCGUAAGGCAAAUGUGCACAAAAUGAAAGUGACAAUCAAGUCGUGGACGGGAGUUGCAACUUGGCGUUGGAUAGCGAAUGACGAGAACUGCGGUAUCUGUCGCAUGUCCUUUGAGAGCACCUGCCCGGAGUGCGCGCUGCCCGGUGACGACUGCCCCUUGGUGUGGGGUGUCUGCUCCCAUUGUUUCCAUAUGCAUUGCAUAGUCAAGUGGUUGAACCUACAACCGUUGAAUAAACAGUGCCCCAUGUGUCGCCAGAGCUGGAAGUUCAACGUGCAUUAA